AUGUGGACGGGCAGCGGCGUGUCCUUUUUGUGCCACGUGGAAAAGCCUGCGUUGGCGGAAUCGCAGUGCAGAGCUGCUUCUCUCUCCCAAGAAAGCAGAGAAGACCAGCCCAAGCGGGAACAAGAAUGUGGAGAAAAGGCGAAGGAGAACGAAAGAUUUGUCACCGGCGCCUCGUUCUUCGCCUUUGACCGACCCCUUGCUGCAGUCGGCCGCCUCUUUGGAUCCGCGCCGGCCACGCGAGAUUUCGGAGCUGUUCAGAUAGGCAACUCUGUCCAGUGCAUCCACGGCAUUCUCUUCGGUGGCGGGAGCGUCUUCGGCCUAGAUGCAGUCGGAGGGUUGCUUGAAUUCCAGCGCCAGCGCGGCAUUGGCGUCUCGACAAUUGCGGGACCGAUUCCCGUCUGCCCGGCCCUAGGCAUUUUCGACGUUCCCGCGCUCCCGCCUGGCCCCUCUUCAUCGGAGACUCGUGCGUUUGCUCUCCCCCAAUUUGUCACCUCUGCGGAUGUCUCCACUGCAUGCGCCGAAGCGGUGCGCGUCCAAGCUUCUGUGCCGGCCUCACUGCCCCGGAGCGACAGGGAAGGAGACAAACAUCGCGAAGCAGUGGAGAAGGAAGGGACACCCGCCCUGGCCGACUCGCCGCUUCGAGUUCGGUGUCGUCUCGGGUCGAACGGCACAGUCUCAACUGCCUUCUCGCACGCGUGGACGCGCCUGUCGCUUCGAAAAGAUGCCGACCGGACACCGGCCGCCUCGACGUCUCCGGGGCAGUCCACGGCGUCUUCGGGUGCUUCUGGGUCACCUUCUCUCGAGGAGACAGCCAGCUGGAUUGGGUCCAUCGGCGUGGGGGUCGGGGCGACCUGCGCCCGAGUCGGCGAAUGUGCGGGCUUUGCCCCUCGCAAAGGCGGCUGGGGCGAGGCCUGCCGGCAGCGUCCAUGGCGCGGCGAGCGGAGAGAAGGAAAGGCGGGGGACACGGAGCGGGGCAGUGCGGCCGAGGCCGGCCUCGAGACUCUCAAAGUUCAGGCCUUCAUUGUCGUUAACAGCUACGGCGACAUCGUCGCUGCCGGAAAGGGAAGCGAAGGCUCAGUCGUCGCAGGGCCACUCAAAGACGGCGUCACGUACGCUGCCGCCGACCUGCUCCAAGAGGCCGGCAUCCAUGUGAGUUUGAAUCGCGACGCGCUCUGGCGCGUGGCUGCGAUGGCCGGUGCUGGGAUGGCCCGGGCAAUUCACCCUAUCUUCUCGCCCGUCGAUGGCGACGCAGUCAUCGCCGUUUCGACUGGCGAACUCACCCAUGGCGACACUGAUCCGACGCUUUCGGAGAUUAUUGUGGGAACCAUGGCUGCAGAAUGUGUGGCUGAAGCUAUCCAACAAGCGGCAGCAGCCUCAAACAAUUUGUGA